AGGAUUGGGCUGUCCUAAUUCUGCUGGGUGGCACUCGUAGGACCCCGACAGGAGAAGGCAAGAGAGGGAGAAACCGGUGGAGCAGUUUUUUUUCCUGUCCCUAUGUGGCUGUUUACAGUCAUUUCCCCCUUGUUAGAUACUCAUUUAAUAAGCAAAAUAUAUAUUUUUUAAAAACGGGAGUGCGUCUUACGCCAGUGCUAACCUCAUAUUUCGGCAUCUUCCUAGUGCUUUGUCUUUGAACCAGCCGGACGUUUUGUGAUUUUAUUAUUGUGUGUUGAUUUUAAGGAUAACGUUUUCUUAUUUUUAUAUCGUGGAUUAAUUUACAUACGAUGAGUACUUUAGACUCCGUGGAUCGUGUGGAACUGUGUGAGAGCCUCUUGACAUGGAGUCUCACGCAAUCCCCAGAAGCGAUGGCUAACAAGAAGCCGACAAGCAAAUUGUGGCUAGGAAGUGAAAGGCUAACGUUAACCUGGUCGAUUCGUUUGGAUUUUGGAUGUCAAGAGUUAAAGUCAAAAAGAGACCAGUCGUGUAAAUGUGGACAAUGUUACAUAACUAGCCUAAAUCCAAACCUUUGGAGUGGAGGCACCAUGUAAAUCUGUAGAAGACCUCACCAGUGGGGUGGUAAUGGCACAAGUCCUUCAGAAAAUAGAUAUUGUCUAUUUUAAUGACAGCUGGAUAAGUCGGAUUAAAUCUGAAGUUGGCGACAAUUGGAGAUUAAAGGUCAGCAAUUUAAAGAAAAUUUUGAAGGGCAUUUUGGAUUACAACCAUGAGGUGCUGGGGCAGCAGAUCAAUGACUUCACCCUGCCGGACGUCACGCUGGUCGGGGAGCACUCGGACACGGCCGAGCUGGGCCGCAUGCUGCAGCUCAUUCUCGGCUGCGCCGUCAACUGCGAGCAGAAGCAAGAAUACAUUCAGACAAUAAUGAUGAUGGAAGAGUCCGUACAGCAUGUUGUUAUGACAGCGAUCCAAGAGCUGAUGAGCAAAGAGACCCCUGUUAUGGCAGGAAAUGACGCAUACAUUGACCUUGACAGACAGCUGAAGAAAACCGUGGAGGACCUCAAUGACGCUUUGGCCACCAAAGAAGAGAUCGCACAGCGGUGUCAUGAGCUGGACAUGCAGGCAUACCUUGUUCAAGAGGAGCGAGAUAGACUGAGGUUAGAGUAUAUUGAACUAGAGGAGAGGGUGGCAGCGCUGCAGGAGGAGAAGGGCAGCCUGCUGGCGGAGAACCAGAUCCUGAUGGAGCGGCUCAACCAGUCCGACUCCAUCGAGGACCUGAACAGCCCCGCCGGGAGGAGACACCUGCAGCUGCAGGCCCAGCUGGAGCAGCUCCAGGAGGAGACCUUCAGGCUGGAGGCUUCGAAGGACGACUACAGGAUACGCUGCGAGGAGCUGGAUAAGGAGCUCCAGGACCUGAGGGGCCAGAACGAGGACCUCACCUCCCUAGCAGAUGAGGCCCAGUCCCUGAAGGAUGAGAUGGACGUUCUCCGGCACUCCUCAGACAAGGUGUCCAAGCUGGAGGGCAUGGUGGAGUCGUACAAGAAGAAGCUGGAGGACCUGGGGGACCUGAGGAGGCAGGUGAAGCUCCUGGAAGAGAAGAACACUGUGUACAUGCAGAACACCGUCAGCCUGGAGGAGGAGCUGAGGAAGGCCAACACAGCCAAGGGACAACUGGAGAACUACAAGAGACAGGUGGUGGAACUUCAGAACAGACUGUCGGAAGAGUCCAAAAAGGCAAACAAGAUGGAGUUUGAGUACAAACGUCUGAAAGAAAAAGUGGACUCCCUCCAAAAAGAGAAAGAUCGCAUGAGAACAGAACGGGACUCUCUGAAAGACACGAUCGAGGAGCUCCGCUGUGUCCAAGCCCAGGAGGGCCAGCUCACUGCAGGUCUGGUUCCUCUGGGCAGCAGUGAAGCCUCCGACCUGGCGGCGGAAAUCAUCACACCUGAGAUUCGGGAGAGGCUGAUCCGCCUGCAGCACGAGAACAAGAUGCUGAAGCUGAACCAGGAGGGCUCGGACAACGAGAAGAUCGCCCUGCUGCAGAGCCUGCUGGAGGACGCCAACAGCAGGAAGAACGAGCUGGAGACGGAGAACAGACUUGUGAACCAGAGGCUGAUGGAGGGCCAGUCUCAGGUUGAGGAGCUGCAGAAGUCCCUGCAGGAACAGGGCUCGAAGGCGGAUGAUUCAAUAAUUCUGAAGAAGAAGUGUGACGAGCAUUUGGAGAAGCUCCGUGAAGUGAACAACGAGCUCCAGAAGAAGAGCACUUUCAUUGAAGACCUGGAGCCCAAAUAUAACCUUAGCUCCCAAAAAGUGGAGGAGUUGGAGGAAGCCUUGAAGAAGAAAGAUGAAGACAUGAAGCAAAUGGAGGAGAGGUAUAAAAAAUACCUGGAGAAGGCCAAGAGCGUGAUCCGCACCCUAGAUCCCAAGCAGAACCAGGGCUCUGCUCCCGAGGUCCAGGCUCUCAAGAACCAGCUGCAGGAAAGAGAACGGAUGCUCCACUCACUGGAGAAAGAGUACGACAAAACGAAAACCCAGAGAGACCAGGAGGAGAAGCUCAUAGUUUCUGCCUGGUACAACAUGGGCAUGGCGCUACAGAAGAAGGCUGCGGAGGACCGUCUGGCCAGCACGGGUUCGGGGCAGUCCUUCCUGGCCCGCCAGCGACAGGCCACCAGCGCUCGCCGAAACUACCCGGGACACGUGCAGGCGGCCGCAGGAAGCGAUGUGGUUGCAUGACCCCCCGGCGGCGUUGGGGUUGCAUGACUCGCCGUUUUGCAUGACUUUGCGCUGAGCCUGCAGAUAACCCCAUCGACACUAACCCCCGCGCCCCUCCUCUGCCGAGGAGCCAGAGCUCUGUCAGAGAGGGGGACCCCUUUCCCCUGGCCACACCCGGAGGACUCCCUCCCCCCGGCCCGACCUCUGGGACCCCCCACCCCGCGCUCCCCCGGACAUGCUUGCUUUUGCUUCUAAAAUACUACAUUUCCCAUCAUGCUUCAGCCCAACACGAGGGGAAGUGUUUGCAUGAGGGCUGGCCAGACAGGGAGGGAGCCAUCUCUUUCCCCCUGCUUUAACCCCCCUCUCCUCAGCCUCCUGCUGCUAUCGAGGGUCACCUCAGGACUGGCAGUGAGCUUUGUUCUCAGAGCCGCAGAACGGCUGGGACAGUGGUGUGGGUUGCAGGAACCGCUACGAUGAGGACGUUCCCCCCCCCGGUCUACAGUGAGCGUUCAAAUAUGGCUGACGAGCCUCGCUUGAGAGGAACUCGAAUUUCCCCAGUUGGGUAUCUUCUAAAUCGGAAUACACCUCAUUUUACUUUAACCCUUGUUAUGUUGCUUUUCUCGUUCCUUUGUUAAUUGUGUGCUAAUGGAAGAUCAAUGGUUUGGUAAUAUGUUGAUUUUUUAAACUUGUAAUUAUGGAUGCCCAAGUUCUCCGAAGUUUUGAUCAUCUUACCCCUCUAAUGGAUUUGUAUAGAUUUGUCUUCUCUAUACAAUUCAUUUUCUUAUUCACAUUUAUUUGUUUUCCAUUUUAGAUCUUAGUCUUAACAUCUUAUACCAUAAGGAGUGUUAACUUCAUUACGUCUUAUUUUAACCCUCAUCAGUAAUGUGUUGCUUUCAAAGUGGCAGAGUUUGAGGACAGGAAUAAGCCGUUUGCGGCCAUGCCUUUAUAACGAUAUUUAUUUACCUUUUGUAUUUACUCGCGCAGUACUGAUAUUUCAAACACAUUUAACGUGUAUUGUGUUUCGUCUUACAGACUAACAUGCCAGCAGUCUUUUAAAGUCUAUCUCUUGAUCACUGCACCGAAGGUCGCGCAUAGUUCUUUUUUUUAACCGUUUAAAUAUGACCGUUUAUGAAAUCGCAUCAGUGGAGGGGGUGCUAGGUCUGGGGGGGCACUUGCGGUUGGUGCUGCGUCAAAUCGUUGGGUUCCUCUUCAGUAGCGCCUGAUUGGUUGGGUCCCGUUACGGGUCUUUCACGGGCCAAUGAAGGGAAAUACAGAGGUCGUAAUGAUCCGGUUUAAUUGAGGUUUUAAAGUGCUUUUACCUCUUCUGCUGUGUGCCAGCAGUGAACCCUAACGCCCUGAAGGCUACUUUGCCCCAAUGUCUCCCCUGGUGCGUUUUGUGUAGUAGUACGUUGUUGCGACUGUACUCGUCCAUAUUUUAUAAUAUGCAACCAAUUUUCUGGAAUUUGACUUGAGUGACGCUGUCUUGUGAUGCGUGACUGCAGAUAGGCCGUAUUAGAUUUAGACGCAAAGUGAUUCCCCCCCCCCCCCCCCCCCAGACUGCUGACUUGAGUGUUGUGAGAGGUAGUCGUGACGUCAUAGGACAUGUGCAAGAAAGAAGCCCCGUUUCAGAAGCGCAUGAAAUGGAGUCCAUAGAGGUUUUAAUCUGUGAGCUUUCUCACAACCGUCCAUUACGAUUCCUGUGUUCGUCUUCUGCAUCCAACAACCUCACGUGGUAUGAAAGCCGAGGUUGUUCUGUCAUCAUUCAUCAUCAGAUUGUGUGAUUGCUGUAAGAUUUUUUUGUUUUUUAAGGAUCUGAAGAUUACGUAUAUUGAAGUAGCAAAUAACUCUUUCCAUUUGCCAAGUUUUAUAUUGCUUGUAUACAAUAUGUACAUAAUAUCUGUGAGACGCAGUUGAGGAAGGACUUGGUCAUUGGGGAAACGGAAAAGGAAAUUGCACCCUGAUUGGGUAAAAGGGUUUCACGGUAUCUCUCCAUUAGAACUUUAUGGAUACAGUGUGCUUCCUGUGCUGCAGAAAUGUACAGUUGUUAAUCAAGAUGUAAAUAAAGCUUGUAUAAAA